CAGGCUGUCACCGGAGCGCGCUUCCCGCCUGGGGGUGCUGGCGGUGCGGAGCCCCGGGAAUCCACGCUUAGACCAGGAAAAGAAAUAACUACAAGAAUCGAUAUUGGUGCCAAAUGAAUGAGUGCAGGCGCUGAUAAAUGUGCUAGGAAACAAGUGGUUCCUGAACUUCUGGCAGGGAUGGGCACUUUCUAUUCUGUGCGUCUGGAGAUGCUGCUGCUUCUGUUCUUGCCUCUGCUGCUUACAGCUACACCAGGGUCAAAGGCUUCCCAGGUGAGGCGGCAGAGUGACGGCUGGGGUGCCUGGGGCGAGUGGAGCCCCUGCAGCAGGACCUGUGGAGGGGGCGUCAGGUUCCGGGAGCGCCCCUGCUACUCCCAGAGGAGAGAUGGAGGUGCCAGCUGCGUGGGCCCGGCCCGGAGCCAUCAAAUCUGCCGCACAGAAAGCUGUCCCCAUGGCACGCGGGACUUCCGGGCCCAGCAAUGCGCAGACUUGGACGGCAUGGAGUUCCAGGGGCAGCGGUACCGGUGGUUGCCCUACUACGGGGCCCCAAACCAGUGUGAACUGAACUGCAUCCCCAAGGGAGAGAACUUCUACUACAGGCACCGGGAGGCGGUGGUAGACGGCACGCCCUGUGAGCCGGGCAAGCGGGACAUCUGUGUGGAAGGCACCUGCCGGGUUGUCGGCUGUGACCACAAGCUAGACUCGCUCAAGCAGGAGGACAAGUGCCUGCGGUGCGGCGGGGACGGCUCUUCCUGCUACCCCGUCACAGGCACCUUUGAUGCAGAUGACCUCAGUAGAGGCUACAACCAGAUUUUCAUCAUUCCGGCCGGGGCCACCAGCAUCCGAAUUGAGGAGGCAGCUGCCAGCAGGAAUUUCCUGGCGGUGAGGAGUCUUGGCGGGGAUUACUACCUCAAUGGGCACUGGAGCAUCGAGGAGGCCCAGGCUCUGCCGGUGGCCAGCACGGUGCUGCACUAUGAGCGGGGCUCCGAAGGGGAUCUGGUCCCGGAGCGGCUCCUGGCCCAGGGCCCCACCUCCGAGCCGCUUAUCAUUGAGCUCAUCAGCCAAGAACGCAACCCGGGCGUGCACUAUGAGUACUACCUGCCGCUGGGCCGCCGGGGGCCCCGCCCAGCCUUCAGCUGGAGCCACGGCUCCUGGACCGACUGCAGCGCCCAGUGCGGAGGAGGUCACCAGUCCCGCCUUGUGUUCUGCACCAUGGACAAUGAGGUCUACCCUGACCACAUGUGCCAGCGCCAGCCUCGGCCAGCUGACCGACGCCCCUGCAACCUUCACCGGUGCCCGCAGACCAAGCGAUGGAAGACAGGGCCCUGGGCUCCUUGCUCAGCCUCCUGUGGGGGUGGCUCCCAGACCCGCUCUGUCUACUGUGUCUCCUCCGAUGGGGCUGGUGGCCAGGAGGCCAUGGACGAGGCCCACUGCGCAGGCCUGCCCGGGAAGCCCCCCUCUACCCAGGCUUGCAACCUGCACCGCUGUGCCACCUGGAGAGCGGAGCCCUGGGGAGAGUGCUCUGUCACCUGUGGCGCUGGCGUCAGGAGGAGGAGGGUCACUUGCAGGAGCGCCCAGGGGUCUGUGCUCCAGGCCGUGGCGUGCGCCCUGGAGAACCGGCCGCCCCUCAGUGAGCCUUGCGUGCGGGAGGCCUGUCCCGUCCACGAUCAGGCCUGGCAUGUGGGCCCCUGGAGUCCGUGCUCCAAGAGCUGCGGCUCAGGCAUGCGGAGGCGACAGGUCGUGUGCGCCCGUGGGCCGCCCGGCCACUGCGGGAACCGGCAGCAGCCCAAGCCUGCGGAGGUGGAGCCCUGCCACAGUCGCCCCUGCGGCCACACUCAGGAGGUCCCCAGUGUGCAGAACACACAUUCCCGCCCCAGGGACCCCCGGAUGCCUUUAGGCCCUCGGGUGGCCCCUUCCUCAGACCCUAGAGACCAGCAGUGGGCUGCUCAGGAACGACCCUGGGCCCGGAGUAACCCCAGGAGAGAUCAGGGGGCCCACGUGUCACCUCCAGGCCCAGCCCGCUCUCCACACCAGCUACCCCCAAGGUCCAGCUCAGGGCCUGGAGACUGCAGACACAGCCCCCAUGGGUGCUGCCCCGAUGGGCGCUCUGUGUCUCUUGGGCCACAGUGGCAAGGCUGUCCUGGGGCUGGUGCCUCAUGUCAACAGAGCAGGUAUGGAUGCUGUCCCGAUGGGGUGUCUGCGGCUGAGGGGCCCCAGCAAGCUGGCUGUGGCAGGUCUUACAGCAGGGGCAACACUGGGAGCAGGCCAGGGACCCAAGCAGGAGCCGCCAUGCCCCCCAAAGCCCACCGGCCCCAGGCCGAGCAGAGCGAGCCCAUGGAGUGCCGGGGUUCUGUGUUUGGCUGUUGCUAUGACGACGUGGCCUCUGCCUCCGGCCCGCUUGGAGAAGGCUGUGUGGGCCAGCCCGAUUACCCCUACCCAGUGCGGUGUCUGCUGCCCAGCGCCCACGGCUCCUGUACGGACUGGACUGCCCGCUGGUACUUCGUCCCAGCCGUGGGUCGGUGCAACCGCUUCUGGUUUGGCGGUUGUCAUGGUAACGCCAAUAACUUCUUCUCAGAGGAGGAGUGUAUGAGCAGCUGUCCGGUCCAGCCUGGGCCCCAUCAUCCCCAGCCUGGGGCCUCUGGCCAGAGCUCACAUCUGGAUGCGGGUGGCCAUUCCCGAGGCCAGCAGGAGACCAGCCGGCACCGAAGUGGGGACACAAUCCCAAGACUUGUCUCCCCUUCUGGUGACCCUUGGCAGGGGGAACGAGAGCUUGGGCCAGGGGAAGCCCCUCGCACCCCCUCAGCCUUUGGACAACAGCCCUGGAGCCAGGAGCUUGGGCCUAGGGCUCCUGGAUUGGGCAGGGAUGUUGGACGGCCGGUGCCCCCCUCCCACAGCAACUCCAGGACCAGCCUGGCCAGCUCAGAGCCGUCGCUGGUGCAGGCAGCUCUGGGGCAAUUGGUGCAGCUCUUCUGUCCUGGCGAUGCCUUCAUGGACCCACAGGCUGAGUGGCAGAAAGAUGGCCGGCCCAUCUCCUCUGACAGGCACCGGCUGCAGGCUGAUGGCUCCCUGGUCAUCAGCCCCCUGCGGGCAGAGGAUGCUGGUGUCUACAGCUGCGGCAGCCUCAGGCCGGGCCACGACCCCCAGAAGGUCCAGCUCAGGAUCAUAGGAGGCGACACGGCAGUGCCAUCUGACCCUGAGCGGAGGCCCGUCCCUCGUCUCAGGGACCCGGUCCAGGGCUAUCGACCUCCGGAUUCCAGGCUAGGGGCAGAUGCUGGGGGCCGCGGUGCGGUCCCCUCCUCCCAGCCAUGGCCUGCGACCAGGCUGCGUCUGGACCGGAAUCAGCCAGGGGUGGUGGACGCCAGUCCAGGCCAGCGGAUUGUGCUGACCUGUCGAGCCGAAGGCUUCCCGCCUCCCACCAUUGAGUGGCAGAGGGAUGGACAGCCCGUCUCCUCCCCCAGACACCAGCUGCAGCCUGAUGGCUCGCUGGCCAUCAGCCAAGUGGCAGUGGAAGAUGGCGACUUCUAUGCGUGCGUUGCUUUCAAUGGACAGGACAGGGAGCAGCGCUGGGUCCAGCUCAGAGUGCUGGGGGAGCUGACGAUCACGGGGCUGCCUCCUACUGUGACAGCGAGCGAGGGCGACACGGCCAGGCUGCAGUGCGUGGUGGUAGGAGACAGCGUGAACAUUCGGUGGUCCAGGAAUGGGCUGCCAGUGCAGGCCGAUGGCAACCGGGUACGCCAGUCCCCAGAUGGCACACUGAUGAUCCACAACCUGCAGGCCAGGGACGAGGGCGCCUACACAUGCAGCGCCUACAGAGGGAGCCAGGCAGCCAGCCGCAGCACCGAGGUGAAGGUGGUGCCGCCAGCACCAGCAGCCCAGCCCAGGGACCUGGGCACCGAGUGCAUCGACCAGCCAGAGCUGGCGAACUGUGACUUGAUCCUGCAGGCCCAGCUAUGUGGCAACGAGUAUUAUUCCAGUUUCUGCUGUGCCAGCUGUUCCCGCCUCCAGCCGCAUGCUCAGCCUGUCUGGCAGCAGGGAUGAAGGCUAGAUCCAGCCCUAGUUCUGAAUAGUUCUCUAAGAGAAGAUAGACUCAGCCCUUCCCGCCCCCUCACUGAAUCUGUAACUGGCAAAGGAAGUCAUCUUCUGGAGAUACUGGACCUUUCAAAAACUCUCCCAGUGCUGAACUCAGCAGCCUCCCAGUGUCUGCUAAUGACGUGGUCACAGGCUGCUGCUGAGAUGUCAAGAGGGGGAAUCUGUUUAGAUAGGGACAUUCUUUCCUUUAUCCCUUUGCAUUUCUGUUCCUACUACAUGUUGAGGACCUAUUAUCUGAAAUGCUUGGGACCAGAAGUGUUUCAGAUCUUGGAAUAUUUGUAGCCCUUAUCAAUUGCACAUCUCUAAUUCAAAUAUAUGAAAUGCUCUGAAAUCUGAAA